GCAAGUUACACGCGAUCAAGUCGUCGGUCACCGAGGAACAGCCGCGUCGUCGGUGCCGCACGUCAUGCCGUCCUUGCACAUCACGCCGCGCGCGUAUUUACUGCCCUUCUUUCUGCUCCUUCUGUGUCAUCACCUGCCUCUGUGGCUCUUCUGGUUCCAUCUACCUCCUUCCGUGUCGGCCUACUCCUCCUGCGACGAUACGUUCUCGCGGUGGGCAGCCGAAACGUUUGCACUGCACGUGGCCAUUCCCAGUGCGUGCGCCCUCUCCAUAAUUCUCACGUUUGUCUUGCCGAUACAUCGCUCCAAGCUGAAUCGAUCGAGUUGGUUCAGUGAAACCCCCAUCAUUGCGCUCGUCUUUCUGCUGUAUGUGGCGCUUGCGGUGUGGGGCGCGCGCGGCAUUUAUGCGUCGCAAGCAUGUUUUCCAGCAUCGAUCCAUCACCGCGGGGGUAUCCUUGCAUUCGACCUGACCAUGUCCUUGGUCGUGCUUGUCGUGUGGAUCGCGUCGAUCUGCUCAAAGAAACCAGUCUCGGAGGCCGAUAUGCGCGACCACUUCACAGGCCGUCUGCGCUGCCUCACAUAUGCAUUUCUGUGCCAACGCUACGACGACGAAGCAGACUUGUACUCGUUCUUGGCGGAGUCCAUGGCGCAGUUCUUCUACGUUCGUCGCCACGACUACGAACAUGUACUCCCGCUUCCAGAUGUCCUCUUCGCGCUCCACCUCGUGGCCAAGCGACAAGCGAGCGAACGAAAGCAGCUUCCACCGCCGUCGCCGUCCAUCGUGAUGACAGAUCCAUCCAUUUUCGACGAUGCCAUCCAAUACGGCAAACUGGCGGGGGGCAUCUACGGCUGGCGAGUCUUUCUCUACUACAAUCCGUUCUCCUGCCACAAAGUGCUGGCAUGUUGCCAUCCCCGCGACGUGCGGCGCCAUUUGGACUCGAUACGCGAGCAUUCCAAAGGCCGCCACGGACCCCGCGACGACCUGUCCUUCCUGAGCUACACGGGCGUCGUCCACACGUCCAUUCAGUACAUCUCCGGCGCCAACGAGCUGUUCAAAGUGCCGUUUUUGGUGUGCCGCAACGAUGAGAAGAAGGAGAUCGUGGUGGCAAUCCGCGGGUCGUUUUCGUGGCACGAUGUGCUCACGGACGUUGUCGGUCGAACGAUCCCCAUGGCGGACGACGAAGCGAUUCCAUCUCCCACGGGAGGCCCGAUCCACACGCAUGAAGGGGUACUGCGGUCGGCUCGCCAUCUCCUCCACGAACUCCAAUCGGGGAUGCUGCGUGGUUCGUUCUGGGACUUUGCCCAGGCGAAUUGCCGGCUAGACGACGCGAACGCCACGUGGCGAGUCGUUUUGACCGGCCACUCGCUGGGCGGCGGCAUCGCGGCGCUGCUGACCCUGAUGCUUCGGAAGGAACUGAACGUCCACGGGUAUUUGUUUGCGCCCAUGGCCGUAUUGGACGAUGCCACCGCCGACUGGACGGCUUCUUUCAUGACCACAUUCAUCUAUGGCGACGACUGGAUUCCACGUCUCUCCACUCGAAACAUCAUGCGAUUGCGCAACGAAGUCAUGCAAGAGUAUCGAAACGUGUCGAAUGCGACGCUGCUCUCGGUGUACUUGGCCAGGUUCGACCCCACGCGCAUGUCGCCGCAGAUCCAUCCGGAGUGGGCCGACUUGGAGUUGCUGCAGCCUGAGGCUGGAACGGCGCUCGUGAUCCCUGGCACGAUCUAUCAAAUUGCCCCUACGUCCAACGCCCGCCUGUGCGCGUGCGAAAAGCUCAUGGGCCGCCAGGAACUGGAGUGCAUUCGCCGCCACCGCCACGACUUUGACCGAAUAUGGGUCAACUACCGCGCCGUCGUCGAUCAUUUUCCCCAUCACUAUGACCACACCCUCCUCCGCAUGCAAGACACCAUGCGAGAGACGCGAAUGCACGAUGUGCUGUAGUCGAACCAUUCCAGUUGACUCGCUUGUAUCACACAAUAAAUGCAUGCCUUGGCACCUUCCCCGCCGAC